AACUCAAGUUAUCCUACCAGAUCCAGAUCCAGAUCCAGACCUCCCACCAUGUCUUUCAGCAGCAGAUCCUAUGGCCAGAGGACCAUGAGUGUCUACGGUGGAGCAGGAGGCCGUGGCACCCGCAUCUCCUCAUCCCAGCAGAGCUACAGCCCAUCCUCCGGAAGCUUAAACCUGUCUGAUGGCCUGGACCUCCACGUCAGUGCCAACGAGAAGGCCACCAUGCAGAACCUGAACGACCGUCUGUCCACCUACCUGGACAAAGUGCGCAAACUGGAGAAGGAGAACGACGAACUGGACAGGCAGAUCAGAGAUUUUUGCCAGAACCAAGUUCACAUCUCCCAUGACUUCACCAGCUACUUCGCCGUCAUCGAAGACCUGAAGGACAAGAUUCGUAUUUCCUCAAGGCUCAACGCCAAGACAGUCCUGGACAUUGACAAUGCAAAACUGGCUGCUGAUGAUUUCAAAAUGAAGUAUGAGAACGAGCUGUCCAUGAGGCUGGCUGUGGAGGCCGACAUCGCUGGGCUGAAGAGGGUGCUGGAUGAGAUGAAUCUGACCAGAAUGGACCUGGAGAGUCAGUAUGAGUCCCUGAAGGAAGAGCUCAUCAUGCUCAAGAGGAAUCACGAAGAGGAGUUGAUUCUGCUGAGAAAACAAAUGGGCGGCCAGGUCAACGUGUCCGUGGAUGCCUCUCCCUCUACAGACCUGAACCAGGUCAUGUCAGAGAUCAGGGAACAAUACGAGUGUGUGAUUAGCAAGAACCGCAAGGAACUCGAGGGGUGGUACCAGAACAAGAUCGCAGUGGUGGAGCUUGACGUGAAGACAAACACACAGACUCUGGUGACAACCCGCACAGAGAUUAAGGACCUGAAGAGCACCCUCCAGAGGCUUCAGAUUGAACUGCAGUCCCAUUUGAGCAUGAAAGCGUCUCUGGAGGGCACCCUUGCAGAGACCCAGUCGCGCUAUGCUGCACAGCUAGCAGGCCUCCAGAACAUGGUCACAAGCCUGGAGGCUCAGCUGUCCCAGCUCUACACCAACAUCACCAGCAACAAGCAGGAGUACGACAUACUGCUGGACCUCAAGACCCGGCUGGAGCUGGAGAUCGCGGAGUACAGGAGGUUGCUGGAUGGGGAGGAUGAAAGUUCAAGACAAGUGAUCACAAAGGUCAUCACAGUGGUGCAGACCGUUGUGGAUGGAAAGGUGGUCGAGAGCAGCAAGACCGUUGAUGUCGACGUGGAUGAGAUUGAGUAAUAUUUUGGAAGCAUUGACAAAAAUAAAUAAAGAUCAUGCAG